ACAGAUUUUCUUCUAACAAAACGAGAGGGAAGGGUCCUACUGCCUUCUGAAAUCUGUAAACUUUUUCCAGUAGCAUCUUGUGAUAGAGUACUGCUUUUCACCUUUGGCUUUCUUUCUCUCCUCUUGCUGAGCGUCUCAAUUAUAAAGGCGCGCAAUAUACCACAAAUUGAAGACCAAUAUUUGUUUUUAUUUGUACAUCAUCAUCAAGUAUUUCAAUUUGCAGGUGGAUAUUGUUUGACAUCUUUCUAGUUUGGAAUAAAUUGAUGGAGAAGUGCCCUAGUUCAUCUAGAACUGAUAGGAAAACUAUAGAAAAAAACAGAAGAAAUCAAAUGAAAGCACUAUUCUCCAAGCUCAAUUCUCUUGUUCCCCACCGACGAUCAAGGGUCUCUCUCUCACUCUCUGAAUCUUCUUUGUGGGAAGCGUCGCUGCCGGACCAACUAGAUGAUGCUGUAAACUACAUUAAAAAAUUACGGACAAACUUGGAGAAGUUGAGGGAGAAGAAAGACAGGCUAAUGGGAAUCGAGAAGAGCAGUCAUUGUAAUGCAGGGUUUGGCCGCAGUGGUGGACCAAUAACCGAGGGAUUAAAUUCAUCACCAUUGGUUGAGAUUCAUGAAAUGGGUUCAGCUCUAGAGGUUCUGAUGAUAACCGGGCUGGAUUACCAGUUCAUGUUCAAUGAGUCGAUUCGAGUGCUUCAAGAAGAGGGAGCCGACAUUGUUAAUGCCAGUUUCUCAGUUGUCGAAGAUACUAUUUUUCACACAAUACAUUCCAAGGUUAGAGAGUCUGCAGCACCAGGCUCAGUAGCUGCAAGGAUAUCGAAGAGACUAAAAAAGUUUGUGAACGAUCAAGAUGGUGCAUUUUGAACCUAUAAAUAUAUGAUCUGUUUCAUUGAAGUACAAGUCCUAAUGUCGGUUGUUGAUCUGAAUUUGGCCUUCUUAAUUAAUUAUGAGCCUGAAGCUUAUCAAAAUUACAAGUCCUAAUGUCGUUUGUUGAUCUGAAGAUUUUAUUUUCAAAUCCUAUGGCCUCUAUAUAUAUGUUUACAUAUAUUAAAGUUCAGUUAGCAUGAGUACUCACCAAAUGAGAGCUACACACACACACACACACACACACACAUAUAUAUAUAUAUAUAUAUUUUAGCAUUCUAUGUAUAUAAUUUCUUCUUAGUUACCAUUUUUACUACGUACAGUUUAAUGACAGAAAUUAUUUGAAUCUGUGGAAAUAUAUAUAGGAGAUAUAGUCAGGUAGACAACAAAGAAAAUCACAAUGCUAUUGGGAUCGGAAAAAAAAUGAAAAAUGCUAGACCAUCGAUUCCUUACUUGCAAAACAAGGGAUAUUUGAAUUACAAAUUCUCCAAUCACAUUUCCUGAUUGCUCAUCGCUCCGUUCUUUUGAUUUUAUUGCAUGUGAAGGAACUAAUUUCUCUCCUACAUCAAAACAUCAAUUAAAAGGUUGAAGAAUUAAGCACCAUAGAUAUUUAUUGUGUUUGAGUUCCGAGUUAAAACUCUCUCCCAGUUGUACUGUAGCAAGUCACACCUCAUGAAUCUAAUUAUUUCUUGACUGAAUAUAUUUUGCUAUAUGUGUGUGUGUGUGUGGACAGUAUGAGCAUCGUUUGGCUGUACAGGAAUGAAAUUUGCAGAAACAGUAUUCUAAUACGUUAUGGAGCAGCUGGUGUAUGUGGGAAAGCCCUUAGUAUUCUUGAUUAAUAGUUCUGAUACGAUAUGGAGCAGCUAGAGCAAUGUUGAUUAAUUAAGAUUCAGUGGUGAUGAAAAGUCUUUGAUUCUAGGGUUUAGGGUUCAGAAUUAGCUUAAUUAGUAUUGUCUUAUGAAGACAUAACUCAAAUGGAUUGAUGGCCGUCAAAACUAUAACAAUCCAGCAGCUAGCUUCACAAAAAUUAAAACAUAUCUAAUCUACUUGCCAAAUGGUCCUGUCCUCCGAGCGGUCGUCUCAGAGUAAACUUAAUGGAGCCUGGAAUGAAUCCUUAAAGUUUGUGGUGCAAGAAUAGUGGUCAGAGACUCAUACGGUGUCUUUGUGGCUGCGUUCGUCAGAAAGUCGGACAAUGUUUUCUCCCCUACGCAGGCUGAAGCUAUGCCGGUUCGUGCGGGGUUAGCUUGGACGACGGAAAGGGGUCUCAAAAUUUAUUCUUGAGAAUGAUUCUCUCCAAAUCACUUCGGCGCUGCUGGAGCCUUCUCUUAAUUCGACAAUGGUUGGUCCAAUUGUAGAAGAUGCUAAGGCCUUGCUUAGGUCGGGCACUGGAGUCACACUUUCCCACAUUCGCCGCCAAGCUAAUGGAGUUGCCCAUCAUCUCGUCAAUUGCUCUUCAGGUUGAUGACUAUGUUUAUAUCUACAAGCUAAUGGAGUUGCCCAUCGUCUCACCAAAAUUGCUCUUCAGGUUGAUGACUAUGUUUAUAUCCACAAGACUACACUACAAUAUCGCAAUUAAAAUUAAAGUUGAUUAAUGUGAUUCAGAAUAAGAAAGAAACUACAAAAUUAAUGAAAUUAACACUCAACCAUCUAA